AUUUUUAACACUUCUUCACCGAUACCAUCCUCCACUUCGUCCCAAACUGAUUUGUCACUCAGCGACGCCAUCUUUGCUGUGCCUGGUGUGUGAACUGUGACGCAGCGGAAGUUAAAGCUUCCUGUUCCGGUUAGCGCCGAUAAGCAGACUGGGGGUGUCACGGAGCAAUAGCUAAGUUUGUGGACAUUGUUAAAUUUUAAAGGAUAAGAAAACUAGGAGCAAGGAGCUACGAGAACGUGUUUCUCUGGAGUCCCAUCCUAUUUUUGUGGCAUUUUUCCUGCUCAGGCCCUAGAAACGGUCAGAUUGAAAGUUCUGACUGCUCUUGUCCGGCAGUGUUGAACCUUUAGGAGCUGAAGAGAUGGAUCAAAACAACAGUUUACCAGCCUUUCAAGGGCUGCCAUCCCCUCAGGGUGCCAUGACCCCCAUGCCUAUGUUUAGCCCCAUGAUGCCGUAUGGGUCAGGUCUGACGCCCCAGCCUGUACAAAACACAAACAGUAUAUCUAUACUCGAGGAACAGCAAAGGCAACAACAGCAGCAACAGCAGCAGCAGCAGCAGCAGCACAGCAGGCCAGCACAGGUACCAGACCAAAUGUUGUUGUAUACAAGGACAAAUGAAAUAUUUUGCUUUGCAGGUCUUCCUGGGACCUUGGGGCAGACUCCUCAGCUGUUUCAUUCCCAGACAGUAGCAGGCUCAACCACAACCGCCCUCCCAGGAAACACACCGCUGCAGAACGCUCCGCUGACCCCCAUGACACCCGUCACACCAUCCACACCUGCUUCAGAAAGCUCUGGCAUUGUACCACAGCUACAAAACAUUGUGUCGACUGUUAAUCUGGGCUGUAAACUGGAUCUGAAGACCAUUGCUUUGAGAGCCAGGAAUGCAGAGUACAACCCAAAGCGUUUUGCUGCCGUCAUAAUGAGAAUACGAGAACCCAGAACCACGGCUCUCAUCUUCAGCUCCGGAAAGAUGGUCUGCACUGGAGCCAAAAGUGAGGAGCAGUCAAGACUAGCGGCUAGGAAAUAUGCACGUGUGGUCCAGAAGCUCGGGUUUCCCGCAAAGUUCUUGGACUUCAAGAUCCAGAACAUGGUGGGCAGUUGUGAUGUGAAGUUUCCCAUUCGGUUGGAGGGUUUAGUCCUCACACAUCAACAGUUUAGCAGCUAUGAACCGGAGCUGUUUCCAGGACUGAUUUACAGAAUGAUCAAACCCAGAAUCGUCUUGCUCAUCUUUGUUUCUGGGAAAGUAGUGCUCACAGGGGCCAAAGUGAGAUCAGAGAUUUACGAAGCAUUUGAAAACAUUUACCCCAUUCUGAAAGGUUUCCGCAAAACGACGUAGGACCUGGGGUUUCUUUUCCACCUUCUGAAACCUGAUCCUCUUAUUUCAUUCAUUAUUUAAUGUCACAUUUUUAAUGAGAAGGUAGACUGAUGCAGGUGUUGGGAGUUUUUUCAUCCAUCUUUCUGUCUUCAAUUUUUUUAAUCAUCAUUUUAAAGGUUGUUCUUUCACUCUGACCAUGUUUAUUGUGUCCUGUGGUUGCAGGUUUUUGUUGUCCCAUCUCAUCCCCAACUGUACAUAUGACUGUAAAAAAUGUAAAGUGUUGUUGAGCAGAAAAGCAGUUCGACGACUAGGACUGCUGGUUUUAUGUGAAGCUGUUUUAAAUACUUUUAUACUCUCAGCUGUUAGCAUUUGUUGACCUCUCUUUAAAUCCCCUGCUGUACAUGAUACUUGGGAUUUUAAAUCCUAUGCUUACUCCCUUAAGGUAGAAAAUAAUCCUGAUUAAUGACUUUUUUUUUACACUCAUUGGGAGUAGACGCCCAUUAACUCAAGCUGAGCUAAUCUUUAUUUGACUGGCCAAGUUGUCCAUGAAUGUUUGCUGCUGCUAAACAGUUAAGUUGUUUAGAGGCGUUUGAUAACUUUCGACUUUGUCUGGUUGAAGUCGUGAAACAAUCUUUCUGUUGAAAGAGAGAACUGGUUUGUUGUGGUUACAGGAAGAAAGUGUUUAAUGGUUAAACUUGAAUGUGUGUAUAUGUUCUUCUGUAAUUAGAAUGAGAAGUGAUGCCAAUCUUAAAGUCGAUGCAGCUCUUCAGCGGGAUUUCAGUAGGCUCAAUAUUGAUAUAAGGGAAAAAAAGCUCUUAUGAUUAAUAUUAAUUUCAAACCCAUGCAGUAUAGUUUUAAAAAUGUUUUUGGUUGUUUCAAAUCAGCAGAAUUUUGGCUGUUUGGCCUUUGUCUAAAAUUAAAACUCAAGUAGGAUCACAUUGAAGUCACUUGCUGGUGGUCUUAUGUGUUAUACGGUCAGCUAGUGACGUUUAUGGCAACUAGUUAAAAGUCUGGUUUAUUUAGUGACAUGUUCAGUCUCCAUCUUUGUCUCUUCUGUCUGAUUUCUGUCCUCCCAGCAGACUCGAAGAAGUUUGGUCCAUUGUUUUCUUUUCCACCCAAUAAAAGUGUACAUAUGA